CCACCAGCUAAAGUAACUAGCUGAAUAUCCAUACUCCCAUCCAUACUCAACAACCACAACCACAACCACAAUCACAACCACAAUCACAACCACAACCACAAUCACAACCACAAUCACAAUGUCAAACUCAACCUCAACCUCAACACCAACCCCCGAGCCAAACCAAUCCCAACCACUCAGCUACCAAACAACGACCUACCAAAACGGGCUCCUCCCCCACCCAGCCCCUCCGCCGCCCCUCCCCUUCAACCCCCUCACCUGGGAAACCCUCGCGCAAGCCCACCUCUCGCCAAACAGCUACGGCUACGUGCAAGGCUCCGCGGGCACGGGGUCAACAGCAACCAACAACCUGCAAGCAUUCACCAAAUGGGCACUAGUGCCGUCGCGUCUCAACCGCACACCCACCCCAUACGCAGACCUCCGCACCCGACUAUUCGGCCACGAGUACGCCUCCCCGAUCGCAAUCGCCCCCGUCGGGGUGCAACGGAUCUUCCACCCGGCGGGCGAAAAAGCAACCGCCGCCGCCGCCGGCGCCGGCGCACCCGAUCUCCAAGUCCCGUACAUCCUCAGCACCGCGACCGCGACCAGCAUCGAAGACGUGGCAGCCGCGAACGGCGCCGGACCGCGGUGGUUCCAGCUGUACUGGCCGGGAAACGAACACGACGAGAUCACACUAUCCCUGCUAGCGCGGGCCAAGAACGCGGGCUAUUCCGUGCUGGUCGUGACGCUGGAUACAUACGUGCUGGGCUGGCGGCCGGGCGAUCUCGACCACGGCUAUAACCCGUUCCUGCGGGCGGAUGACAUCGGGGUGGCGGCGGGGUUUUCGGACGCCGUGUUUCGGCGGAGGUUCCGCGAGAGGCACGGGGUGGAGGUCGAGGAGGAUGUGGGGAGGGCGGCGGCGGAGUGGGCGGGGGUGAUCUUUCCAGGGUAUAGUCAUGGCUGGGAGGAUGUGGGGUUCCUGAGGAGGCAUUGGGAGGGGCCGAUUGUGUUGAAGGGGAUCCAGAGUGUGGGGGACGCGGAGAGGGCGGUGGAGGUGGGGGUGCAGGGGGUGGUGGUUUCGAAUCAUGGCGGGAGGCAGUUGGAUGGCGGCGUCGGGUCGUUGACGGUGCUGUCGGAGAUUGUGGAUGCGGUGGGGGACAGGUUGGAGGUGUUGUUUGAUUCCGGGGUUAGGUGUGGUGCGGAUGUGGCCAAGGCGUUGGCGUUGGGGGCGAAGAUGGUGCUGGUGGGCAGGCCGUAUGUUUAUGGCCUGGCCGUGGGGGGCGAGGAGGGCGUGAGGCAUGUGUUGAGGUGUUUGCUGGGCGAGUUGCAGUUGACGUUGCAUUUGGCGGGCGUGCAGUCGGUCAGGAGCGAGCAUUUGAAUAGGGACGUGUUGAGGUGGGUGGGUUAGGUGGUUUUGGGAUUUGUCAAUUGGGGGGUGGUGGAGAUUGAGAUUUAGUAUGCCAGGGGACAGUAUAGAGUAUAGAUAGAUGGCUGUCAGGCUUGGUGUAUCUACGAUAUGGUUCCAUACUCCACUUCUCAACCAACGCAUAAUGGAACAUAUGCCAUGCUGGGAAACAUAGAAAUAGAUAUUUCGUGAAUAUCUCAGACUAAUGUUCUUACGUUGGCAACUUGAUGGACCAUCAACUAUCACAGGAAUCUGCUAGAUAGAGCAAAGAAGUCUCCCCGCUUAGGGCUUCCGAGGGACACCCGACAG